CAUCUAAAAACGUAUUCAAACUGAGAUAUCAAAAAUUCAUAGUCCAUUGAAACCGCGUAAAUCUAGUUUUGGUGAUGAAUAUUCGAAAUUCCCAUUAGUCGAAUGUUAGUGUUGUUUUGUUUGUUACAAUUCGGAGCUGCUAUUAUGAUUAAAAAAGAAUGCCCAUACAACGAGAUGUACAGAUCUUGUUCCUUUACGGAAGAGUUCACGUGCUGGGAGAGUGAAGAGAUGGCGAAGAGAGUCAUGUCGCUUCCUGAACGUCUGCCGCAUUGCAAAUCUGGUUGUUAUUGCAAACGUGGAUUUGUCAGAGCCUACCCCUCAAGCCAAUGCAUACCAGCGGUUACUUGUAGGGACCGAAAUCUGGAGCUCAUCAUUGGCAAACUACCGGAUAUGCUUAUCGACUUCUGAUAUUGACAAUAAACAAUGUAACAAAACGUUAUAGAAUUU